CCUCUCACUACAUUGUCGGGACAACCCGCUCGGCUGCUUUUCCGCAGGCCGCCCCAUUUCUUUUUCUUUAUUCUUGUUCUUUCGCCCCAUUUCUUUUGGAGCCCCUGGUUUUUCUGGGGUCUGCGGAUCUCCGCAAGACUUGACCAACCCUCCCCGCCCAAAUUGUAACUUUCCAAAUCCGCCGGAGGCUGAGGGCUGGGGUGGGAGAGGAAGUGCGUGGGACUCAGCACAAAGAAGAGCGAAGAGGCAGGCGGGGCUCCGGGUUCUCCCUGAAAGCUGCUCCCAGACCUUCCCCGGAAAACCGCGCACCCAGGCCCUUCCGGCCCGCACUCCCCGCUGCCUGGCGAAGGAAGGGCCGGGGGCCUGGAGGGGCGUGGCCACCCCAACUGCGGCCAGUCCCCGAGGGGAGCGGGUUGGAGGGUGGGGCACCCCGGGAGGGGCGUGGUUCGACAACUUCAGCCGCUCAGCUGGACCAAUCCCGACCCGGGAGGCGAAACGGACCCCUACCUGGGCCCAGGUGAGCUGCACCGUGCGUCUCGGUGGCUCCGCGCUCGGGAUGGAGGGAGCCCGGGCGGCAUCCAGAGGAGACCAAGCCGGGGCCGAGUUGCCAAUGGAGCCCUUGGAAAGCCAGGUGCCGGGGCUGGCGCAGGCCCCCGCGGAGGAGCGACGGCCAGAAAGUCCCGAGAGCAGCCCGGCCGCGGCCGUGCUGGAGGCGACCGGCGUGUUCCAGGACCCCUCGUUGGGAAGAAGCUGCUCUCGCCUCACCCCGGCGCCCGGGGCGGACGGCGACAUGAAGCUGCACCCGGCUGUCAAGCUCAUAGGGCUGCCCAUGUACAUGAAGUCCCUGCGCUGGGCCCUGGCGGUCAUGGCCGUGCUCCUGGCGGUAUCCAUGGUCGCCAUUGUGGCCCUGGCCUCUAAAACAGGGGCCGUGUGCCGGCCGUGUCCCCAUGGCUGGCUGUGGUCUGGGGAGCACUGUUACUACCUCUCUACUGAAGCUCAAGCCUGGGAGGCCAGCCAGGCUUUCUGCUCCGCCCACCAUGCUACACUCCCCCUGCUGAGCCACACCCAGGACUUCCUGGGCAGAUACCCUGUCACCAAGUACUCCUGGGUGGGGGCCCGGCGAGGCCCCCAGGGCUGGCACUGGAUCGACGGGGGCCCCCUGCCACCCCAGCUAGUCCCGGAGGAAGACAAGGACCAGCCGGGUCUGAAGUGUGCGGGCCUGGAGGGAGGCAAGCUCAUGGCUUUGGACUGCGCCUCUUCAAGACCCUGGGUCUGUGCCCAGGGGACCAACUGACUGGGGUUCUGCCCAUUCCAACCCUGUUGGGGGCAUACAGUUCCCUCCCGAGGGGGGCCUAUCCCCUGGACCCAAGCUCCCGCCGCUCCCUGCUUGGUGCCUGGGGACCCUGCCUGAGCGAAGUGGGGAGCUGGGCCUCUGUUACAGGAAGAUCACCUCCGGGGAAGGCUUUCUGUGGCCCAUCUUCGCCUCCAGCUGCUGAAGAGGAUUUGUUCAGAGACCUUGAAGUGGUUUCUUUUUUUUUUGUUGUUGCAUUUCUGAGCCUUGGUCUCUCCCUCAUGAAAAUGGCCAUUACCCAUUCUCUCCCUUACCUGCUUCAUCACAAUGCACCCUUCAGUCCUAGAGGAACGGAAAGGAUUAGUGAUCACAGGUGAGCCCCACCUGAGUGGACAUGGAGCCAUGAAAUGAGUGUUCCACUGGUUUGUGGCCAGAGGGCUUGUCAGCGGUGACAUCCUUGCUAUAAAUGCCGUUUCCAGGCAAGGGGCACACAGCUGAUGACCCGUGUCAGCAAGUGAGAAGUGGUGGCCCCCGGAGGAGGAGGAGGGUUGCACACUGAUGGCCAAGGCUGGGUCGAUGCGGAGAGGACCACCAUGGU